CACUGGUGUUUCAAGUGGUAGUUGGCUACUUGAUUUCCGGCUUUAUUUUAACACAAUAGCAAUUGACGCAGUUAUAUUUGCAGACUUGACCUGUGAUAUUUCCUCUCCCAUUUUUCACAGUGCUGUAUUGGUUUCCCCUUUUCCGCGAUUUGUUGAUGGCCUUGGGUCUUUGCGACGUUUCCAGAGAAAGUUUUGAACAGAUAUUGUGCAAACAAGGUCGUGGUAAUAUUGCCAUUGUUGUCGUUGGCGGAGCAGCCGAGUCACUUGAUGCACAUCCUGGGUUUUACAAGUUGACUUUGAAAAAUAGAAAGGGAUUUGUCAAAAUGGCUAUACGUACCGGGUGAGUCACCAACAUCCUUGAACUAGUUAUCUUUAGUCUUCGUUACUAGUGUUCCUUUGUGCUUUUUUCUUAGAUAGAAGAGACAGGGCCAGAACUACUGGGGGGUGUGGGAGUGCCGUAACACCCCCAAUGAAAAGUCGGUGGAAUGCUGGAAUUGCGGAACGUGUUAAAUAGUAUGGAAUUUUCUGAAAAAUUGAGGUCAAAAAAGGUCUGAAAAAGUAUUUUUCAAGUCCCAAUUAUCUCAAACUAGUGUUUGGAAAACUUUUUGGGACGUUUUGUUUCACCUGACAAACCCCCUCCCCCCCCCAACCAGUACCGCUCGGGAUCGCCCUGAGAAAAGACCAUAACUCAAAAGCAACAUCAGAUGGUCAACAUGGGUACCAGGGGGUUGAAAUUAACAAAAUUAUAACAAAUAGUAACAAAUCACUCUGCUAUGGAACAAAUGGAUCCCAUAGUUCCAUAAAAAUGACCAUACAGAUUGUGAUUACAAGGCAUAAAUUAUCAGCUAAUUUGUAUUUAAAAAUACUUUUCAGGGCGUCCCUUGUUCCAGUGAUAUCCUUCGGGGAAAAUGAUUUAUUCACUCAACCUCGUAAUCCACCAGAAUCAAGAUUGCGCCGAUAUCAAAAUGCCAUUCAAAAAAUUAUAUCAUUUGCACCAGUUCCAUUCUUUGGACGUCGUUUUGUGCUUCCACAUCAAAAGCCAAUCAACACAAUUGGUAUGAUACCAUAUGAUGCUAAUUAAUAGUUACUACCUGUUCCAAGCCCAUAUAAAUAAUUCCAGUUAUAAUAGAUUACCUUCUGAAUUCUGGCUAUCAAAUGGGCCGUAUAUUGAAGAUUUUUAUACAAAAUAUUAUCCAAUCGUGAGAGGUAUUCCGUAUUAAAUCAAUAUUUUAACUCAUUAAUGUAAUUUUUGUUAUCUGUAGUUGGCUCUCCAAUUCAUGUGAAGAAAAGGACGAAUCCUUCUCGACGUCACAUGAACAAGAUUCACAAUCGAUACGUUGCAUCUUUGAACGAGUUGUUCCAGCAAAAUAAAGCAAAGUAUGGCAUCAAAGAGACCACACCUUUGAUAAUUGUGUAAAUUCGACGUUGAAAUAUGGUGAAGACUAAUGAAACAAUGAACACGUUCAUCAACACAUAGUUGGUAAAAUGAAGAAGGUUAGGAAACGAGCAGUAAUAGUUUUAUACAAUAACCUUGGGGUUUACGUUCAUGCAAAGAUAUUGACCUAUCAUCGUCGGGUCUGCAUUGAUAUGUUUACCAAACUACUCAUACCGUCAAUCCUCUAUCAGGUCCCCUUCAAGUCCCUGACCUUCUCAAAUAAGUUUUCUCAAAUAGGCGCCGCCCCUUUCCCAUCCCCCACUUGCUACAUUUGGGUUAAAUAUAUAAGACCCACUCUCUAUUAAGAGCCCCUGUCAAACGAGCCCCCUUUUCAAAUAAGCGUCAUAUGAAAGGCUUUAAUUGAGAUUGAAUUUAGAAACUUGUCAGGCCCAAUCUCACUUCCAAUAUUUGGGUCAAAUAAUUCUGGAAGAAUCUGAUCCUUUGGGCGUUAAUAAUAGAGGAUUACGGUAACCAUGAAUAGAUGAAUUUAUUUCUCUUUAUUAUCACGAAUUGCACCGAGUUUCCAAUAACCUUCGUUAUUGACUAUGAUGAACUGUAUGGCAGAAUGUUUUCCUUUCUUCAAAAUGAAUGGAAUCACACAGACGUAAAUUAUUGUACAUUUUUCAUCAAGAAAUGAGGUUACCACAUCUCUUCCAGACGAUUAAAUGGAUUAUUGAUUGAGAGACAGCUGAACACUAUGUGACAAUAACAUUAAUUUUAUAAUGUUUUAAAUUAGUAUAAUUUAUUAUGAUAAUCCUUUCAUGCAUGUAAUUCAUACGUCUACGUUCUCCAUCUGUAUCGCGGAGAACGUGUAUAGUUUAAAACAGACACAUGGUAUUGUAUAAUAUUUCAUACGUUUUCUGGCUGAAAAUGCUGAACACGACAUGUAGAAUAAUGUAUUUUAUAUUUGUAAAUAUCAUAAUUACCACUUUAAUUACGGAUCUAUAUAUUUCUUACUUCAUCCUGCUAAAGGGGGUGAUAUUUAUGACCAUAUUAAGUUGAGCUGGAAAACGUGUAACUGGAAAUCUCUAGCGUUGAAGAUUAUAAAUGACAUGCAGUUGCUAUACGGGUAGUCCUAAAAAUCACGCUCAAUUUCAGUUACAUUUCAAUUGCAGUGCCCAGGGACGCCGGAAAGGGGGGGGCGCAUCGCCCCCCUUGCCCUUUAGUAAGGGGGGCAGGGGGGGGCGAAAGUGCCCUUAGAGUAAAAAUUCUAACCCAAAAAAUAUGAGGUACAACGAUUAAAAAGUAUGAAUUACGCGUGAAAUGGACGUAAUAUUGAAAUAGACGUGAAAUUUUCUGGAAUAUUAGUCAAAAAUUAGGUUAACUUUCAAAUUUUUUUGCCCUUGUUUUGGUGAAUUAAAGUUCCGGAAAAUUUUUUGUCCUUGUUUUGGUG